AAACUAUAGGCCAGAUCCAUCUAUGUAUAAAACUCUACGUAUUGGUGUAACUGUUGAAGCAAUGUUCUCUUUAUAUACUCCUCCUAUCAAUUCAGACUGCUCAAAUAUUACUGGGAUAUCAAUGGAUUAUGCUAAAAUAUUCAAAAAGUAUCUGGGAGUAGAAAUUGAAUGCUUUGAACCUUCUGAUGGAAUAUGGGGAGGAAAAGUGAAUGAAACCUGGACUGGAGUUUUAGGAAUGCUUCGCAGGCAAGAAAUAGAUAUUGCAAUGCUUGGUUUUAUGGAGAGUGAACAAAGAAAAGAAGAUUUCACCUUCCUUCAUCCAAUUGGAAAAGAUGGGAUGUUCAUCAUCUCCAAACAAAAUCAAAAGAAGAAUAAAGAGUCCUAUUGGAAAAGUAUCUACGGAGGAAUAUAUUAUGAUGUUUGGACAGCUCUUCUAGUAUACACUGUUAUAGCAGGAAUAUUCAAAUUUUAUUUACAAAAGAGGUUUUCGUCAUUUAUUGAAAAUCUAUUAUUUUUUCCCCUAAUUUGUUUUAAUACUUUGGUUUAAAACGGGGUUAAACACCCGUAAAUUGACACAACUAAUCUUUUGAUUUGACUAAUAUUCCUUAGCGUUUCUCUUCAUUUUUAUGAACAAACCCACGAAGAGUUCCAGAUCUUCUAAAGUAACAGAAUUUGUCGGAAAUGUCUGGACUUUUUUCCUGACAGCUGGCUGGCAAAUGUCAAUUCUGGAUCCUAAACAACUCAGUGCAAAGAUUUUAGCAUUGAGUAGUUUGUUUCUUGGUAUGAUGAUGUACAGCUCCUAUUCUGGAGUCCUAGUAUCUAACAUAAUGGUGCGACGAACUGAUGUUGCGGUCAAUUCGUUUCAAGAGGUCAUGGAUACUGAUCACAAGAUUGCUACCUACAUGGGAUCAAUAGGAAUGGAUAUGGUUGAAUCCUUUAAGUCCACGAACCCUGGAAUAUCUUCAAAUAUCUUGUAUCUAGAGAGUAAAGAAACAAAAGAUAGACUAGAUUAUGUCAGAAAUUCUGAUAAAAUAGUUACUUUACUGCCAGGAGAAGAUUUCGCUAAGCAUUAUAUUAAGAAACAAAAGGGUAAGUGCGAGUUGGGGAGAAGUAAGACCCCAAUUAGUUCCAGCGAUUUGCCAUAUGCGUUCGCAGUCAACAAGGAAGGUUUUCGGGUUGAGGGUGACGGAGUUAUUCAAGUUUUUCAAGCUCAAAAUUAA